AUGGAAAAUGGAAGAGAGGAUGAGAUUGAAGACAUGUCAAUGUCACCCCCAUCCGUGGGCUCCAUGCAGAUUGCAGGGAGCAAUGGCUUUGGUCACAGCAUGGAGUUCAUGUCUCAGGCAUACCUUUCAAAUAGAUACUUGGACAUUGGCAUCAAAGUUGAGGACUCUAGUUUGAACCAAGAUCCCCCAUUACCAGUAUAUCUGAAGUUUGAAGAUGUAGAGUUUAAAGUGAGAAGUAGACAAGCAUCUUCUAAUAACACUGUGAAGACAAUGGUGUCAAAGGUGGCCACAAAACUCCACGUGGAAGAAGAUAGAUACAAGAAAAUUUUAAAGGGUAUCACAGGAAGCAUUGGCCCUGGUGAAAUUCUUGCUUUGAUGGGUCCUUCUGGUAGUGGGAAGACAACCUUGUUAAGAGUUGUAGGAGGAAGGUUACUUGACAAUGUAAAGGGAAAUGUAACUUAUAAUGAUGUUCCAUAUAAUCCAGCUAUCAAGAGAAGGAUUGGAUUUGUGACACAAGAGGAUGUUCUUUUCCCACAACUUACAGUAGAAGAAACAUUGAUCUUUUCAGCAUUCUUAAGGCUACCAGCCAACAUGAGCAAGCAACAAAAAUAUGCAAGAGUGGAGAUUGCUAUCAAGGAGCUAGGCCUUGAAAGAUGUCGCCACACAAAAAUUGGUGGAGGCAUAUCAGGAGGAGAAAGGAAGAGAACCAGCAUAGGCUAUGAAAUUCUUGUUGAUCCUUCACUGCUGCUACUUGAUGAGCCAACUUCAGGUCUUGAUUCAACCUCAGCAAACAGACUCCUCCUCACUCUUCAGGGACUUUCCAAGACCGGAAGGACUAUAAUCACAACAAUCCACCAGCCAUCCAGCAGAAUCUUUCACAUGUUUGACAAACUUCUUCUGAUAUCAGAAGGAUGUCCCAUUUACUAUGGGAAGGCAAGAGAUUCAAUGAAGUACUUUUCAUCCUUGAGCUUCACCCCAGAAAUCCCAAUGAAUCCUGCAGAAUUUUUGCUUGACUUAGCAACCGGACAAGUGAAAGAUAUAAGUACUCCACAAGAUAUUUUCAAAGAUCCAGAAUCUACAGAGCCUUCAAAAGUUAUCAAACAUCUACAACUCAAGUAUAAAGACUUACUAGAGCCAAAAGAAAAGGAAGACAAUCAUGGAGUGGCAAAGACACCAGAACAUCUUCAACUAGCCAUUCAAGUUAAAAAGGAGUGGACAUUGAGUUGGAUGGAACAAUUCCUUAUUCUUUACAAGAGAACAUUCAGAGCAAGAUGCAAGGAAUAUUUUGAUAAACUAAGACUAGUUCAAGCACUUGGAAUUGCAUUCUUGUUGGGACUACUUUGGUGGAAAUCUUCAACCAAUACAGAGGCUGAACUCAGAGAUCAGGUUGGUUUAAUGUUCUAUAUCUGUAUAUUUUGGACAUCUUCAUGCAUUUUUGGAGCAGUCUAUGUCUUUCCAUUUGAAAAGGUCUACUUGGUAAAAGAAAGGAAAGCAGACAUGUACAGACUAAGUGUAUACUAUGCAAGCAGCACUCUGUGUGAUAUGGUGGCACAUGUUCUGUAUCCUACUUUCUUCAUGAUUAUCUUGUACUUCAUGGUUGGCUUUAAGAGGACUGUCACUUGCUUCUUCCUCACUUUGUUCGCCGUGCUACUUAUAGCUAUAACAAGUCAAGGGGCAGGAGAACUAUUUGGAGCUGCAGUUAUGAGCAUUCAAAGAGCAGGGAUGGUUGCUUCUUUGAUACUAAUGUUAUUCCUUCUAACAGGUGGCUACUAUGUUCAGCACAUACCAAAGUUUAUGCAGUGGUUGAAGUACUUGUCAUUCUUGUACUAUGGGUUCAGGCUUCUUCUAAAAGUGCAGUAUUCAGGGGACCAACUAUAUGAGUGUGAGAGCAAGGAAGGGUGCAAGACCCUGCAGAGUUCACCUUCAUUUGACACUGUGAACUUGAAAGGAGGCUUAACUGAAGUUUGGGUUCUGUUAGCCAUGGCUCUAUGCUUCCGAGUGCUUGCUUACUACUGUCUCCGCAGAAGAAUUGACAUUUGCAAUUAACCCUAGAUGAAACUUCUUGUUUGAGAAUAAUUUGAGAUCUUUACACUCUUGUUAAUAACUAUAUAAUAGUAGUAGUAACAUAUGAGAAGUGUGUAUUUAUUAGUUCAUAAAGCAAUUUGUGAAGAAUACAUAAAUUGUGUUUUAUAAUGUUUUUUGGUCUCUUCUUUUUUUUUUUUUUUUUUGUCUUUUUGGUCAAACCACAAAAAGGACCUUUUCUUUAUGGACUUGAAAAAUAAACUACCCUUAGGGUGGGAAUAGGUC